CUCUCACAAGGCUGUAAAUCCCUCACAGCCCGAUGCUAAACCAUCUGUACACACGCGGAGAAACGUCUUCUACCCGAGUCCCGGCCACGUCCUGUGACUCUAUUGCUGUCUCAUCCGGGCUGCUCUGAGAUUCCUCUCACUUUAGUAGCCUUUAGUCAUGCUGCCGACAUUCUACCAACAACAGCUUGACUGUGUCUCUUAUCAAUCGCUGGAAAGCCGGGCUAGCCCCGGCACAUCGGCACCAAGCUCCAAUGAGCCCUGUUCCCAGUCUUGUCUACUUGAAGUAUACAUGAUUGCCUUUCUGGACUGUGUUCUCUACUGUUGGCGGGCGCCCUUGUCCAUCUCUUCCCUUUCUGCCUUAUGUUUGCCAAGUCACGAUUGCGAAGCAUGGAUUCUAUUAUAGGACGCCUUCAGGGCUGAGAUCGCGCAUGUCAAGUCUGGACGGAAGCAAUCUCAGGCCCAAUGUUGCGCAAUAAAACCUGUCCGCCGCCCGUUCUCACUACAUACUCUUUGUUAUAUAUUUUGUUCGCGGGUUUCUCACCCUCUGGAUUGUCUGGGCGGGGCCAACUCGCCGGAGGGCCUGAGCGGGCUGUGCACAAUAUCUUUGAUGCCCAGAUUGAUGUAGCAGAAGCGUUGGUUACGGAUUUUCCUUGCUCUUCUUCUCUUUCCCUCCACCACCUUGAGCUGCUAGGUUGAUCCUAGUACUCCUCUCGCUUCCCUUCCCAUGGCCUACAGGCAACACGACGGUCCUUAUUACUCCCAGCCGCAGAAUACCCACCAACAGAAUCAGUACUACGAUUCGCCUCAACAGCAAUACCAGCAACCGGCCGGGCAUUACCAGCAGCCGUACCAGCAGCCGCAGCGUCAAGAGACCCAAUACGACCAAGGAUACCAGCACUCACAGUCGGGAUACAAGUCCGAAGGCUAUUAUGACAACCAGUCCACUGGACACGAACAGGCCUGGGAUGGGAAAUCGUAUCAGGACAGCUACGCGGGAUCCCAAACGCAUUUGAACCCGUCUGGAUGGGACAGCCAGGCUACCAUUCCGCCCGUGCCCAACGUGCCAUACGGAUUCGGUCCCAACUACCCGCCACAGCGCAAUGGCUCUGGCUACAGCGUGGUUGAAGAGAAGAUGAUGAAACGGCGGUCCGUCCGCAAGGUCGAACUUGUUCAGGGGAAUCUCGUCCUGGAUAUGCCUGUGCCAACGCACAUUGUGUCCUCUAGUCGAGCGAAUGAGGAUGAAUUCUCAAAGAUGAGAUAUACUGCUGCAACUUGCGAUCCCGACGACUUCGCACGUUCGAAGUACUCGUUGCGGCCCUUCCUGUACGGGCGCCAGACCGAGCUGUUCAUCGUCAUGACCAUGUAUAACGAAGAUGAGAUCCUGUUCACAAAGACGAUGAACGCGGUCAUCAAGAAUAUCGCGCAUCUUUGCAGUCGCGACCGCUCCAAAAUGUGGGGUCCCGAAGGCUGGAAGAAAGUCGUUGUCAACAAGCGGACCCUCCAAGUUCUCAGUCUGAUGGGCGUCUACCAAGAUGGAAUCGCCAAGGACACUGUUGGCGGGAAGGACGUUACUGCACACAUUUUCGAGUACACCUCCACUGUGAUUGCGACCGCUGCUGGAGAGGUAUCUCAAGGCACCUGUCCUGUGCAGAUCAUCUUCUGCUUGAAAGAACAGAACAAGAAGAAACUCAACAGUCACCGUUGGUUCUUCAACGCCUUUGGUCCUCUCAUCAAACCGUGCUUCGAUAAGCAUUCCAAUGUUGGCGGUGCCUGCGGGGAGAUCUGCGUUGACACAGGUCGCGGCUGCUCUCUGCUCUUGACUUCCCCUCUCGCUGCCUCGCAGAACUUUGAAUACAAGAUGUCGAAUAUCCUCGACAAGCCUCUAGAGAGUGUAUUCGGAUAUAUCAGUGUUCUUCCCGGUGCCUUCAGUGCUUACCGAUAUCGUGCUCUCCAGAACGGGCCCGAUGGAAAAGGACCUCUCGCCUCGUAUUUCAAGGGUGAAACCAUGCACGGUGGGGGAGUCAAUGGUGCUGGACUUUUUGGUAUAGGUGAAACAGACAUCAUGGUUAUCUUCCCAGCUGACCGAUCUCUUCAGCGUAACAUGUAUCUUGCUGAGGAUCGUAUCCUGUGUUUUGAAAUUGUCACCAAGAAACGCGAGGGAUGGAUCCUCAAAUACGUCAAGAGCGCCAAAGCAGCUACGGAUGUGCCAACAUCCGUUGACGAAUUCAUCUCUCAGCGACGUCGUUGGCUCAAUGGUUCGCUCUUCGCCUCUAUUCACGCCACUGUGUUCUGGUUCCGCAUCUGGACAUCUGGCCAGAACUUUUUCCGGAAAAUCGUGCUGCAACUCGAGUUCAUAUACAAUGCGGUGCAGCUGCUCUUCACCUGGACCUCGCUCGCCAACUUCUACCUCGCAUUCUUCUUCCUCGUGAGCUCAGCAACUGCGAAUGCCAACACCGAUGCGUUCAACUUCCUGAGCGUUGGCGCUGGCAAAGAUGUGUUCGAGGUGUUCUUGAAGCUUUACAUCGCUCUACUGUUCGUCAUCGUGGUCUGCUCCUUGGGCAACCGGCCACAAGGAUCCAAAUUCACAUACAUCGCUGCCAUCAUUCUCUUUGGGUUGUGCAAUGUCAUCACACUAUGGUGUGCGGCAUACACAGUGUACCUUUCCGUCUCAAAGGUCACACUCACCGAGUGGAAGCACUUUGGAACCCUUUUGUCCACCAACACUACGUUCCGGGAUAUCGUCAUCUCGUUGAUGGCUACUUACGGGCUGUACUUCAUCGGCUCCUUCAUGCACCUGGAGCCUUGGCACAUGUUCACCAGCUUCAUCCAGUAUAUGUUCUUCCUCCCUUCUUAUGUCAACAUUCUUAUGAUGUACGCGAUGUGCAAUCUGCACGAUGUCACAUGGGGUACGAAGGGAGACAAUGGCGCCCAAAAGGAUCUCGGCGGGGCCAACAAAGUGAAGGACGCCGACGGGAAGGAGAUGAUGGAGGUCGAGUUGCUCACUCAGCGGGAAGAUGUUGACCAGCUCUGGAAUGCCUCGCGCAGCGCGUUGAGAGUUCCGCCUCCCCAAGUCAAGGAGCACCGCGAUGCUGCCACAAAGCAGACGGACCACGACCGGAACAGCCGGACCAAUGUCGUCCUCGCCUGGGUCGGGACGAACAUGCUUAUGAUUGUCGUGUUCACGUCCGCAGCCUUCACCAACUUCGUUGCCAAGCAUGUGACGACUACCGGAAACUCUCAAUUCAACCCAUACCUCCAGUUUUUGUUCUUCGCCCUAGCUGGUCUAUCGGCGGUGCGCUUCACUGGAUCGUUCUUGUAUCUUGUUUUCAGACUCUUCGGAUUCUAAACGUUGUCUAAUCAGCAUCCGUGGGUUAGGGCCGGACACAGCGGCGGAGAUAGGAGUAAGCAUAUGUCAGUGCAGUACCUAAUGAUGGCGCCUGGGAAGUCGCGAACUACGCAACGAAGCUCACGGGACAGACAGAACAAUAAGACGGGAAAUCAGGUUGCAUUUCUUGCAUAAUACAAGGAAAGUGGUACGAGCGAGAAGAACAAGAGAACCACGGCGAGAACCCACGAGUAGACAACUGCAUCCGCAGCUUCAUUCUUCCCGUACCCAACGGAUGCACGGCAUCCAUUCUCGACGCCUGAGAAAGACGCGGGUUAGCACGGUGACUAGACAAUAGACGCGAAGCAGGGCAAGGGGAAAGAGCGGGUUUGUAUCAGAGAACCGAAAGCGUCAUAAGCAGCUCCACAGACCGAGGUCCGGAGGCUUUCAGACGGCACUUCCUAAAAUCGGAUGAUAUCGUCAUGUGGAAUAUGGAAGGAGAGCAGGGCGGUAGGUUGGACCAGAGGAGAACAAGACAUACCUAUUUCGAGAACAAGGCGAAUAUUGCAUUCGACAUGGUGGACGAAGGACAAGAGGGUGACUUGUGACAGUGAAAAUUUAAUCCCGGUCACACUUCAGAGCUUCAUCGAUCUAGUUCCGGAUUGAGAAUCUGGGUGACUACUUCCAGAUUUCAGGAAGCCAAUCGUGCCGGAGAAUGAGGACUCAAGCUAUAUUUCCGAAUGUAUAUUGGCCGCACUCAUGCAGUGAUAGUCAGGUCUUCCAUGCACAGCGCGUUCCCGUCCCGAAUCUCGAAUCGCUGAUCGACGGGUAUAUCGAUAACGGGAGGGGGAUCCAUCAAAGAUCCCAAGAUCCCGUGGAAUCUUAAAGUCGCGUUUGGGUGUUCAGUGAUCUCACAGGGUCGCUGCGGGAAAGGCGCCCAUGAGGCCACAAAGAGCGAUAUGGAUGACAGAUGGGCGAUUGUAUUUGGUGUUCGGGGUAAUUAAAGGUCUAGACGAUAGCAAACAGACAAUGGAAGCGUUUAACGGCCUCGGAGGAUAAUGAGAAAUGACGGAAGGACAAGGAAGAAUACAUAAUUUGUGGACGGUGUAAUUGUAGUGGUGUACAAACAAGGCACACUUGUCUCGGAGAACAGCCGCCAGAGCGGACACGGACGGUAGCCGGACGAAGUACUAGGCAGUCAUUGUUUCUUGUUUUCUACCUCUUCCUUCACGAACUCUCGACGACCGCUACGCCCCACACGCUUCUUUCCCCCAGCAUUCCUAUCACCAUCCCCCUCUACGGCAAAUUCACUUGAAUCAUGGAACACGAAGGCAAUUAUGGGUUUUAUCCGCAGGCUGAGCCAGAGGGUUAUAUGGGCUACCAGUCUGUACAAAUGGGAGGGCAACUGGACUUGCAAUCGCCCCAUCCUAUACAGACGCAGUACCACGGCCUCAUUGCGCAUCACCAUCAAUAUCAGGUCCCAGGCUCAGGAUAUCCUCCUUCUCCAAGCCCUCCUCAUGGUGGCCUAAGUAUCCCGGCUUCACCUCCUCCUCCUUCACCUGACAUGUACGAUCCCCUGUCCCCUCCACUCUCUGGCUCAGAUACAUCCGACGGGCUCUAUCACGGAUCGAAUUCGAGCGGCGCUAACUCCCCAUCGUCGAGCCGCGCCAACAGCCUCGUCCACCGUCACGUCCGUUACGAUCCUACGCCAUCACCCACCAGCUCAGUUGGUCGCCGCCGCCGCGGACGUUCCCAAGACUCUGACGACGACGAGCUGGCGCUCGUGUAUUCCACGGAAAAUCUGGCUCAUAAUCGGAAGGAAGCGACGCGUCGCCAGCGCAUCGAAGCCGAACAGCGCCGACGCGACGAGCUGCGCGAUGGCUAUGCUAAACUGAAGGACGUUCUUCCCUUGUCCAAUCAGAAGAGCAGCAAAGUGUCUCUUCUAGAUCGAGCGACAUCGCACAUCAGUUUGCUCGAAGGGGAGAAUCAGGCCCUUCAGGAUCGUGUCGCGUCCCUCGAGCAGGAGAUCCAUCGUCUGCAGACAUUGAACGAGAAGCUCGCUGGUGCUGGGACGUCACUCGAGCCGGCCUCGCCGGGAAUGUACGACGGACGUCCGUUGUCUCCCCCUCCCGAGGCACCGAACGCACGAACUCAUUCCGCCUCGAGCUUUGCCGAUGCAUCCGGAGUAGUUGAUCCCUCCGAAGAGGCUCACCAGACCACCACUCCAUCCCCGUCUGAUGGAGGGUUCUGAAGGAGCUCUGGCUCUGUUUGUCCCGCGUCCGCUCCAUUUCCGUCCGUGUCUUUUUUGCUUGCUACGUCUCAGACAUUUCUCUUGCACCACCAUAUCCCACGCUGCACAUUUAUCAUCAUCACACACCGCAUUUCAAUUCCUUAUCAUCCAAGACCGUGUCACGAGCCCCGGAAUCACGCCCAACAAAGAAGUCGACGCCAGCCAUCCGAUCGUGCUAUGCGCUUGCCGCGUGGCCCGUGCGAAAUCUGAUGCAUCGUCGCACGCUGCCUCGUGUCUGAUCUCGUUGAUCGAGGAUCGAGACAUCGAUGCUGCCAGGUGUCUGCCAGCCUCUGUGAGGCUUCGCUCGCGUUUGGCUCGCUCCUGCCAUUUUGUGUUGGUGAUGGGAUUGGAUUGCGCUUUCUUGGUUGCGCCACGAAACGGCUGGCCUGUGCUGCGAUCGGAUACAGCAGGAAUCCAUGCACCCGAAGAAUGUCUCCUGUGCUCGGUCACGAUCGCACACAACAUACAGCGGGACUGUGUACAUACCACGUGGUCGCUGGAUAAGCUCUUCGACGGCUGCCGAUGAGAUCACGACAACCCUUACGCUCGCUUUUCAUUCACGCAUUUCCCUCCAGUCAGGGAAAGGAGGCUACGACUUGGCCGGCACCGGACUAACUCAUUCUUCUCGUCUUCUCGACGGCUGUGCUGUCGAUGAGGGAUUGGUCGAUGAGCUGUGUCCUCUGCUCGGUCCCUUUCACGAUUCUUGACGAAUGAUCCAUUGACACACAAAUGUACCACCCGGCAUGUACUACUAGAUGUAGACUCGCGCAUGUAUGAUCGAUACCUCAGCGUUCUGUCUGAAAAUGUCUGUUUUUUUUUACAACCAGAUCUCUCCGAUGAACUAGGACAUUGCAGCGGAUGCCAGGAGAGUUCCAUCCGCC